CCCGCUCUCACCACCAGCCCCCACUCCCCUCCCAGAGCCGGGGAGAGAACCCAGGAGUCCUGGCUCCCAGCCCCCCCUGCUCUAACCCACCAGCCCCCACUCCCCUCCCAGAGCCGGAGAGAGAACCCAGGAGUCCUGGCUCCCAGCACCCCCCACUCUAACCACCAGCCCCCACUCCCCUCCCAGAGCCGGAAAGAGAACCCAGGAGUCCUGGCUCCCAGCACCCCCCACUCUAACCACCAGCCCCCACUCCCCUCCCAGAGCCGGGAAGAGAACCCAGGAGUCCUGGCUCCCAGCUCCCUCUGCUCUAACCCCCCAGCCUCUACUCCCCUCCCCUCCCAGAGCCAGGGGGAGAACCCAGGAGUCCUGGCUCUGAAUCCCGUAACCUCACUGUGCCCGUCCUAUGUGCUUCCAGCAGACUCCCUGCCGCCGUCUCUUUGCUGGGGCGUCAUGGCCUCGGCCGCCCUGUCCCUCUCGGACGCUAUCGCCACCGACUUCCUGACCUGCCCCAUCUGCCUGGAGCGGCUGCGCCGGCCCAAGAUCCUGCCCUGCCUGCACACCUACUGCCAGGGCUGCCUGGAGGGGCUGCUGGGCGCCGGGCCGGGGCUGCGGUGCCCCGAGUGCCGGGAGGACGUGUCCCUGCCGCAGGGGGUGGCCGGCCUCAAGACCAACUUCUUUGUCAACGGGCUGCUGGAGCUAGUGCGGCCGGUGGGCGAGGCGGGGCUGACCUGCGCCCUGUGCCCACUGAUCGGGCAGGAGGGCGGCCGCCCGGCCGUCUCCCACUGCCUGGACUGCGCCGACAGCCUGUGCCAGGCCUGCGCCACCGGGCACCGCUGCUCCCGGCUCACCCACGCCCACCGGCUGGUGAGCCUGCAGGGCUACCUCUCCGGGGAGCAUGACGAGGAGAUCCGGCAGCGCCAGGCCGUGCGGUGCCCCGAGCACCCGGCCGAGGAGGUGCGUUUCUUCUGCCGGCCCUGCGCCGGCCCCAUCUGCCGGGAGUGCCGGCUGGGCCCACACCUGGAGCACCCCUGCCAGACGCUGGAGGAGGCGGCCGAGGCCCUGCGGCCCCUGGUGGCCGAGCUGCUAGCCGGCGUGGAGGAGACGGCGGGGCGGGUGGCCCGGGGGCGGGCGGCGCUGGAGGAGGAGCUGGAGCAGCUGCGGCGGCACGAAGCCGGCCUGCGGGACGUGGUGAAGCGUGCCUGCGCCAAUGUGGCCCAGCGCCUGCUGGCCCAGCAGGAGGAGGUGCUGGCCGCCCUGCGGCGCCACGUGGAGGGGCGCGAGAAGGCGGCCGGCCUGCUCCGGACCGAGCUGCAGCUGCAGGAGCAGCUGGCCCGCGGCACAGCCGACGUCGCCCGCAAGGUGCUGGCCCUGGGCCGGCCGGUGGAGAUCGUCUCGCUGGAGGCCCUGAUCACCCAGCAGCUCAGCCGGCUCCGGGGCUUCCACUGGGAGCCCCUUGGAGGGCCGCGCCCCCGGCUGGUCGUGCGCGCCGAUCUCCAGAAUCUGAGCAGCCUCUUCCAGCUGGACCUGGGCGAGGCCGAGCCCGAGGGCCGAGGGAAGGACAGGGCCCAGCAUGACACCCCUUCCCCGGAGCCGCCGGCCCCUUCCUCGGAGCCCCAGGCCUCUGUCCCACAGCCAUCGGCUGCUGCCCCAUGGCCGCCGGCCCCUGCCCCAGAUCCACCCUCGUGCCGGCCGCCCCCCACCGCCCGCUUCUCCUGCAGCUUCUCGGUGCGGAUCCCUGGGGACAAGCAUCGGCCCCGGGUCACGGGGCUUUGCCCCCUGGGCUCCAGGGAGCUGCUCCUGGCUGACGAGGAGAACCGCAGCCUCAAACGCUUCUCGCUGCAGGGGGACUUCCGGGGCGCUGUCCCGGUGCACGGCGGCGUGGCCCCCUGCAGCGUGGCGGCCGUGGGCAGCCGGGUGGCCUACACGGCCGGCUCCCGGCUCUACCUGGCGGAGCGGGAUGGCGCCCUGGUCUGGCAGAAGGCCCUGCGCACCACCCAGGCUAGCCAUGCUGUCACGUCAGCGGCGGAGGGGGGCGAGGCCGUGGCGGUGAGCGUGGCGGGGCACCUGGAGGUCUACGACACCCGGGGAGAGCUGGUGGAGAAGAUUUUCCCGGAUGGGCAUGACCGUCUGGCCAUGGUGUUCGUGGCCAGCCGGUGUGGGCGCUACGUGGCCUCGGACUGGCACCGGCGCAGCGUGGUGGCGUUUGACGGGCAUGGGCAGCUGCUGGCGGAGCUGGGCGAGGAGCGGCUGGAGCAGUGCCAGCCGGGGGCUGUCUGCACCGACGACAGGGGCCAUUUCUACGUGGCCCUGCGGGAGUUGAACAAGGUGAUGGCAUUCAGGCCAGGCGGGGAGGCGCUGGGGCCCUUCCUCACCCCCCGGCAUGGCAUCCAGCGAGCCCGGGUGGCCACCAUCACCGGGGAUGGGCACUUCGCCGUGGCGCUGAGCGAUGGCACCGUCCACGUCUUCCGCAUUCAGUACCCGACUCAGUGAGCGGGGGAGCAUGGGGAUGGGGGAGCUGAGAAGAGUGUGUGUGUGUGUGUGUGUGCGCGCGUGCAUUAGUUUGUGUUGGUGUGUACAUGUGUGUGUGUCGGUGCAUGCAUUAGUGUGUGUGUGUGCGUUAGUGUGUUCAUUUUGGGGUGUGUUGUGUGUGUGUUUGUGCGUGCAUUAGUAUGUGUGUGUGUGUUUGUGUGUUUGUGUGUCAGUGUGUGCAUUAGUGUGUGUGUUUGUGUCAGUGCGUGCAUUAAUGCGCCUGUGUGAUCUGUGAGUGGAAGUAUUUGAGGAGUGUCUGUGUGUCUGCAAUGAGUGUUAGUGGCAGCGUGAG